UUUAUUUCCCACUUUUCCAGGUCUGUUAUCUUUGCCAUCCUUUUGCGUUCGCUUGUGUUUUCUUCUGCUUCCAGCAGCUGUGCUUCCACCGGGAAGUCAGGGUUCCUCAUGGCAGCAUCACCAACGUCUUCAACUUCAACGUUCCUCCUCCGGUCGGGGUUGAGGUCCUCCCCGGUUUCCUGGUCUACAUCCUGGAGGGUCAGGAAGCAAAGUUUCCAUGGGAUGACUGUUUCUCUCGGGUGUUUAGUCGCUCUCCUCUGAGGUCUGACCUUCAUGCUGAGACUGGCCUUGCUUCCUCUCAAGGACAGCACUUUGACCUUGACUGUUUGUCCUCUGCUGACGGCGGACACGUCUGCCACUCGUCCUUCCUUUUGCAGCUCCGAGACAUGCACAAGCCCUUCCCAGCGCUUCCUGCAGAGCAAGAGGAGCAUGUCCAGCAGGGGAAGCGGGAGGGACGCAUGGAGAUAUGCAGGUUGAAGGACACCCUUCCUCGCUCACCUGAGGCAUUCCAGCUGCUGAAGGAGGAAGUUGGUGAGUGCGUGAUAAACAUGCCUGAUGUGUUCGACGCUCAAGCGACGGAAAAGAGGAGGCGGAUGAGCGUGUGGUUGGCAUGUCGGAGGCAAAGUUCGCAGAGCACGGACGCCAUGAUGCCGGCGGUUCGCGCCAAAAUGAGUGCGCAGCCGCCAUGAUGGAGGUGCGUCACGACGCGAAGGGGAGCAAACAUGGCCGCCUAUAAAGCCUAUAAAGCUCAGUUCGAGCUGGUGGCUGAUGUGUCAGGUUGGCCUGGGAGGUUGAAGGCGCUGCUGUUGGCAUCAUCAUUGACAGAUGAGGCAACGUCCUGCUUGCUGCUGCUGAGCCCGGAAGAGAGGCUAAAUUAUAGCAAGCUGGUUGGCGCGGUGCAGAGGCGCUUUGGGGUGUUUGAUGUGAAAGACAUCACACGCUGUGAGUUCAAGCACCGUCCGUGAUCGACAGCCAGGGGAGCUGCUCCGCUCCCUGGCCCAUGACAUCGAGACCCUGGGUCGGCGCGCCUAUGCCGGGAUGCCGGGCUCGAUCCAGAGCGAUACGUGAUACGUGACCAGUUCGUCCAGGCAUUAAGACCAGAUGAGCUGCGCAUGCAUGUCCAGCUAGAGACCCUCGAGCUCGCCGUGGAGAGAGAUUACAGCCAAGGGGGCGCUGCAGUCACCAGACCACCCGGUCACAGCUGCAAAUUUGGCGGAAAAGGCGGAACAAAGGCCAGCGUGGAUGGAGGAACUGGUCUGUGCAACAAUGGCCCAGUGCGAGGAAAGAGGUGAUCGCCACUCACGCCCCGUGAUCUGCUGAGGGUGUGGUCAACCAGGCCACCUGCUGCGUCGCUGCCUCAAGUCCAAUGACCAGCGGGGAAUCGGGAGGGGCCCCGUGUAGCCCGAAUGGCAUGGGUCCUUUCUGCUGUUAACCGGGAACGGCAGCCACCAGAAGAGGAGGCCGUGCGUGGGGACCAGUAUAACAACGGUGCAGCUGUUGUGACUGUGGGCUGGACGAGUCCGCUCGCCCGAAGCGGAUCUGUGCCCUGGUGGGGGCAGCGUCAUCAAGCCCACACACUGUGGAAGACCGGAUGGAGCCGAUCUGUUCCAUUUGGGAAAAGAACUGUGCUGGCCUAGACACAAGGCAGCAAGACCAAUUGUGGAGAGUGCUGUGGGACUUCAGGGACAUCUUUGCUCUUGAUGAAAAUGAGGUGGGUCUCACGCACCUUGUUGAACACCACAUCGACACAGGGGGCGCACGACCAAUCAAGGUGCGGCCCUGUCGCCUGCCAAUGGCCCAGGAGGAAGCGGCUGAUAAAGAGAUCCAGGCCAUGCUGGAGGCGGGGAUCAUAGCACCCUCUGACAGUCCGUGGGCAUCUGGCGUUGUGAUGGUCCCCAGAAAAAAAGAGUGCCAGGCUACAGUUAUGUGUAGACUACAGACCACUGAAUAAGGUCACGAGGAAGAAUUGUUACCCACUUCCUCGGGUGGACGAGAUGCUGGACCUUGUGUCAGGGUCCGCAUGGUUCUCGUCGCUUGACCUGCGCAGUGGGUACAGGCAGGUCCCCCAACCCUUGAGUCAAGACCAAAGACCGCAUUCGGCACCACCAGGGGGCACUGGCAAUUCAGAGUCAUGAGUUUCGGACUUUGCAAUGCACCAGGGACAUUCGAGUAACUGAUGGACACUGUGCUUGCAAACAUUCCCAGAAAGCAGUGUCUAGUGUUCCUGGACGACGUCCUCGUCCAUGGGAGGUCCUUCCUUGCUGCAGGAGGCUAGUGUUGGGGAGGAUUGCAGCGGCUGGACUAAAACUGCAUCCAGAAAAGUGCCACUUUAUGCCGCGACAGGUGGAGUUCUUGGGCCACAGGGUGGAUGCAAGUGGUGGUCCAUAGCGACAAACAUUGCAGAGACGUCUCUGACCAUCGAUGGCAUCUACUACGUGGUGGACCCUGGCUUUGUCAAGCAGGUGGUUUACAACUCCAAGACGGGCAUCGACCAGCUGGUGGUGACGCCCAUCUCACAGGCUCAAGCCAAGCAGAGGGCGGGCCGAGCUGGGAGAACCGGUCCAGGGAAGUGCUACCGUCUCUUCACGGAGCGGGCCUACAGGGAUGAGAUGUUGACCACAAACGUGCCCGAGAUCCAGAGGACCAACCUGGCCAGCACGGUGCUCUCACUGAAGGCCAUGGGCAUCAACGACCUCCUCUCCUUUGACUUCAUGGAUGCUCCUCCCAUGGAGACCUUGAUCACAGCCAUGGAGCAGCUCUACACCCUGGGAGCCCUGGAUGAUGAGGGCCUGCUCACACGUCUGGGCAGAAGGAUGGCAGAGUUCCCUUUGGAGCCCAUGCUGUGCAAGAUGUUAAUCAUGUCCGUGCAUCUGGGCUGCAGUGAGGAGAUGCUCACCAUCGUGUCCAUGCUGUCUGUGCAGAACAUCUUCUCCAGGCCAAAGGACAAGCAGAUCCAAGCGGACCAGAGGAAGGCCAAGUUCUUCCAGCCCGAAGGCGACCAUCUCACCCUGCUGGCCGUCUACAACUCCUGGAAGAUCAACAAGUUCUCCAACCCCUGGUGCUUUGAAAACUUUAUCCAGGCUCGCUCACUGAGGAGAGCGCAGGACAUCCGAAAGCAGAUGAUGAGCAUCAUGGACAGGCACAAGUUGGACGUGGUGUCCUGCGGUAAGUCAACCAUGCGUGUCCAGAAAGCCAUCUGCAGCGGUUUCUUCAGGAAUGCCGCCAGAAGGCAUCCCCAAGAUGGCUACCGUACCCUCAUUGACCAGCAGGUGGUCUACCUCCACCCCUCCGGUACGCUGUUCAACCGCCAGCCCGAAUGGCUGGUCUACCAUGAGCUGGUGCUGACCACCAAGGAGUACAUGCGCGAGGUGACCACCAUCGACCCACGCUGGCUGGUGGAGUACGCGCCCGCCUUCUACCGGGUGGCCAACCCCACCCGCCUCAGUCGCCAGAAGCGGCAGCAGAAGCUGGAGCCGCUCUACAACCGCUAUGAGGAACCCAACGCCUGGCGGAUCUCCAGAGAUUUCAGACGCCGUUGAUCCUGGGUCCCUGUCGUCAUGGAUACCGAGCUACAGCAUGCACAUGCACUGCAAAGGCAGUGGAAUCCCCCCUGGAAGCGUGCACGUGAGCUGAGGAUACUGUCAAAGCACUGGGCUGCUCCUUCCUUUGAAAGACUUUCCGCCCUUAUCCCGCCGUCAAAUACUGCUCUUGAUGCGCAAUCAUCCUUCACAGGCCUAAAUGGGAGCGCCAUCAUCGGCUCAAAUUUUCUCCGGUAGGGAAAUUGCUGGAUGGGAGUCCAAAUGUACGACCAUGCUGUUUUGACUCACGCUGCUCCCGAGUGCUCAUCAUGUGUUGCAGCGUCACAGUUGCCACUCUGAAGACUUCAUGCAUCCAUUUGAUGGGAUUUCAGUCCCUCAACACACACACACACACACACACACACACACACACCGUCAUCAUCAUCACAUCAGUCUUCAGGAGUAGUGAGCUGUGUCAAAGUGGAGAGGAAAUGGGUCUGAUGGAAAUAAGAGGGAAAUGCAAAUGUCCUACUGUGAUGAUGAGCUUCUGCACAAUGGGACGACAGCCCAGAUGAGCUC